AUGUCUGGAUUAUUAUCAUAUGUGCUUGGCGGCAACCGGGAAGCUGAAGCCAUCAGCUUUCCCGCAGUGGAAGUGCAUCGUAUAGAAACUAACCCCGAUCGCAGGGCGCGUUCGCUCAAGCAUCUCCUCAAGGCCAAUCAUGUCAACUACUCUGUCGUCUAUAACCAGCUUCGUUUCGAUAAUCACAAUGCCCACAUUUUGAGUUCGGCAUAUUUACUCGGUGCCACACCGAGUCGGCUCCACGAUAUCUACGAGGAACAGGUCAAGGAAUUGGAGGCUUGGACGCCGUCUCCGGCGGAAUUGAUUGACAAUGACUGGGUCGACUUUUUGGGAGACAGGCGCUAUCAAAGAGCAUACGUUGAUUUCUUCGAGGACAAGCUGGCCAUGGAAUACGCCUAUGACUGGAAGAAGGUGGUUGAGCACUAUCUCUUCUCGUCCGAAAAGCCGUUGGUGCAUGGUUUAAUCUGCGGCCUUGGCCACCCUCUUAUUCACCUCGGAUAUGCGUAUGAAAUGGACAGCAAAGAGAUCGCAAUGGAGGCUCUGACUUUGGCGUCAGUACAGCACAAUUUUCUUUACAAGUACAGCGCCGACACAUCCUAUACGAGACCAUCGUCUGACAUGACCAACUCGGUUCAUGAUCUGCUUGUACGCAUAUCCAAUGACGAAAAGUUCGACAAUCUCCCGACAGAUGUUGAUUUUGGAAGCCUUGAGAGCAUGUUCACCAGUCACGAGGACCUGAUAUUGGAGUACUGGAAUGCCUGGGUCAUCUCUAACCCGGUCGAGGAUUUUGCAUCAUCGCAGAAAGCUUCCGUCGCUCUUUUUGUUACAUCCGUUGACCCUAAAUCACAUAAUUACAACUUCUUCAUUGUUCAUUUACUUACAACCAGCUAUGCGGUGAGAGUCCUGUUACCAUUCUUUCCAGCCGAGUAUCACGUCAGUCUAGUGAGGCAGUGGUGGCUCUUGGUUAUCGCAGUCUUUGUCUUGAAGGGGAGGCCGUGUCCGAAUCCCGAAAACAUGGACAAAGACUGCAGUGGCCGUGAUUGGAAGUAUGUCCAGGACAAGGCUCUAAGCUCCAAAUUUUCGGCUGAUGCGCAUUUUGUCAAGGCCAUUCGAGCAAUGAGGGAUAUUGGUAGGCUUUGGGGGGGUGAGGAUGGGUUUUAUCUCCGGGCAGCCGCAACGUUUGUGGACAAUUUUCAUGGAUGGAGUUUCUAG